CUGAUUGAAAUUUUUUACUCAUUGCCAAAUGGGUAGGCAAGGUAAUGAUCCUAGUCCUACUACCACUGUGAACUCCUCCAUUGCUCUUCUUCAAGAAAGGUUUAGACAGUUGGAGAAGGUGAAAGAAAGAAGAGAGGGGAAACAACUUCUUAAACUCUUGUCAUCUGAGAGCACCUCAUCAUCACAAAACUCUCAACAACAACAACAACCAAGGUUGGUAGCUCCACAUAGGCCAACUCUCCAUGACUCUCUUUCUCUUGGCCUCAACUUCACAAGCAAGCAAGGCGAUCAUCACAACACCAUCAACAUGAAAUCACCUCCAUCCUCCAAUUUAUGGCCACAUGGAGCAUCAACAUCAAGAAAUUUUGAUACCUCGGACGUUGAUACUUCUCUUCAUCUGUAAAUAUAUUUACUACUGUUUGUCUUAAUUUGCUUCCCCAGAUAGUACCUUAUAUAGAUGUAUAAUAACCCUAUGUUCUCCGUCAUUUUGUAUCAUUAAUCAAAGAGGAUAUGUAUCAGUUAUGCUUUACAUUUUUUUUCCUUGAAGGUAUGUGAAUGACAUGAAAUUCGUAAUUGUAUAUGAUCGAUGUCAAGAAAAUAGUAUUUUGUAGUGGCUUGAUCGAUGUCAAGAAGGCAGUAAUGAACGUAACUCAAUUGUAGCUGAAA